AUGUCAUCCAGCAUACUGUCUUCGAUUUCCAUGCGAAGUAUGGAGAGUUUAUACUCCAACAAAAGUUCUAACUUUUCUGCACUUCACCGGCGAAAGGUGGCAGCUGCCCGGCAACCAGCUAUUAUAAUAGCAUCUAGCAACGACGUCCGACAUCGCGUUAUGUCAGCACGCGUCUUGCGUUUUAAGCAAUUACAAAAUCAAUUAGAAGUGGCACAUCAUCAAAUUGCUGAAUUGACAAAAGAUAAUCGACUUUUGAGGGCUCUUCAGAAGCGGCAGGACUCUGCAUUGUCUAAAUACGAAAAUUCGAAUGCAGAGCUUCCAAAACUAUUGCACUCGCAUGCUGAAGAAAUCCGAACGUACCAGACCAAAUAUCGGAACCUUCAAAAUCAAAAUAAAGAAUUACUCAAUAAACUCAAACAUAAGGAUGCACACAUCUUGACCAUAACCGAUCAAAACAAACAUUUAAUCCAAUUGAACAAAGACAAACAUCUGGAAGAACGUGAAAGGUUAGCAGAACGUGUUCGCGAUUUGGAGACUAGGUUGAUUGAGAAGGAUAAUGACGCAAAACUUCUCGCUAGACGGCUGCAACUCGAGACAAAAAAUUUUAAAGGACAGAUUCAGCAGGAAGUUUUAAAGCAACGUGAAAUUAGCCAAAAACUGGAACGGGCGCAUCAUGAAAUACAACGGUUAAACUCUGUUAUCGAGAUUUAUGAAAAACGCACACCCUCAACGUUGCUAAAAAACAGUAGUUAUUUGAUAAAACCUCCAAAACCAACAUCUGGACAGCUGAUUCGAAUUCCAAAUGGUUCUCCCGUUAAACCAGCGUUUCCGCUACAAAGUUUGGCUGAGCCAGCACCAGUAACGAGCAUGGAAAUUGCUCCAAAAAAACUCUCUGAUGUGGGAGAUGGUGAUCAUCACUCAUUGAACCCUAGUCCGAAAAGCCUCAAACCAAUGGGAGCCGUCGAAGACCCGACACCAGCGGUAACACCGGCCAAAUCAUACAGGUCUAAGAAAAAGCACCCCAUACCAACCGUUUGUGAAGAAGCAGAUAAAAAAGAUGUCGAAAAACCCGAAAAGAAGCAGGAAGUUCUAUAUGACGAAACUUUUUGUAAGGAUUUUAAUCAAUACGCUCUUCAGCAAGAAGCAGAGUUUGAAGAAACGAUCGAAAAUGAACUCUCCAGAUUGAAGCAAAGUAUUUUAACUGAUGGACCAAAAACUAGUCUUUUGCGGAGACGAAAGCAUUUUGCUACCAGCGAUAUUUCCUACAGUGACGAUUUUGAACCGGAAUUGUCGCCCGAAAAAAAUCAUAACGAAAUCGUUGAUAACGUUGAUAAGAUUUACGACCACAAGGCACACAUCACAGAAUUGGAACAUCAGAUUCGCAAUAUGGGCGGACCAUUGAUAAAUGGGAAGGGUAUAAAAUGUAACAAUGGACUGUCAAAUUUUUCUGCUGGAGAAACAGAUCAAGAAUCUAACACGAGUACAACCGUGAGCAGAGACUCUUCUUCAAAGGAGUUCGAAACCAUGAAACAAGAAAUACGACAGAGCAUAAUGAAAAAAGAAUGUUUGCUUGAUACGUUUUGUGACGAAGUUAGCGGAAGCGAUUUGCAAACUAAAUCAUAUUGCAACAAUCGUAUAAAAGAUAACCAUAAGAGAUCUCAAAUCGAUCCUAAAAAGAAGAAAAACUUGCUGGAGGCGUUAAAAGCUAUUGAUGGAGAAUGUGUCAAAUGA